AGUGUGAAUUAAAACGACGCACCGUGUUUGUUCUUAAACUAGAAAUUUGAUAUACGAGAAAAGUUAUUAAAAGUCGAAUUUUAUAUACGAAAAUGUUUGGAAAAAUAGUAACAACUUGUUUGUCUUUGGUGUUGGCGUCAACAUUAGUCUCGAGUCAAUCGCAAUGUGGCGUCUGUAUGGAUAAUUUCGCACUAUGCGUAAAUGAGACCACCUACCAAAUGUGCUCUGAAGCGACAACAAUGGCACCGUCUGAUGAAGAAAUCUACACUUGCCCAGACAAUAAAUACUGCACGGAUUCGAUAAAUAUAUGUGAGCAGUACCCGGAUGGUGUCAAUAUUAAAGCGGUUUGUGCAGGUCAGGAAGAUUCUACAGCAUGUAGCAGCACAUGUUCUGACAAGACAAAUGGACAGCUCAUUUGCUUAAGUACAACGCAAUUCGGUAUAUGUAGAGGUACAACAACGUUGGUACCUACCAAUCCCCUCGCUUGUCCGACAGAUCAAGUAUGUAGUGAGGAAUUGGUUUCUGAAUUAAAUUUGAAAAAAGUAUGUGCGCCGCAAGCUGUGCUUGAUUAUUUUGAAUUUAAGUCCACAUGUUCAAAUGAAAAUGCGGUAACCCAAGCCACCACUACAGCAUCAACAUCACCAACUACACCAGUGAAUGCAUUGGGUUUAUGCGAAAGCUCGGGCAAAACCGGAUCUUAUUUCCAAAUACAAAAUCCAGACAAUUGCCAAUCAUAUAUAUAUUGUCAACGUGAUGCCUCCUCCUACAUAUCAAUGGUUCUGCAGUGUAAGGCCGGUUUGUUCUACAGCGUAGCGCAGAAUAGAUGCAUUAGUGGUGUACAGUGUCCACAAUGAUUGAUCGAUAAGAUGAUUAUGAAGUGAGCAAGCUUGAAGAAUACAAAUUUGAUUUUUUUAGCGAUAAAUUUUUUUAGUAAACACUUUUAAUAAAUAGCUUGUGCACUCAUACAUGAUAUGUACUAAUAUACAAAUAAAGCUUUAUGGAAAAAGUGCAA